AUGGCUCCACUAGUCGUUCUUGAUCAGCUCGUCGGCGGCUCGCCGGCGGCGGUGGCGUUCCUCCAACUGCUCUUCCCUCUCCUCCUGCUCCUCCUGCUGCUGCGCUACUUCGCUGCGGGCGGCGGCGCAGGCUCGGGCGCCAGGCUCCCUCCGUCCCCGCCGGGCGGGCUGCCGCUGAUCGGCCACGCCCACCUCGUCGGCGCGCUCCCGCACGUCUCGCUGCGCCGCCUCGCCGCGCGGCGGCGCGGGUGCGCGGACCUCAUGACGGUCCGCCUCGGCGCCGUCCCGACGUUGGUGGCCUCGUCGGCGCGCGCCGCGCGGGCCGUGCUGCGCACGCACGACCAGGCGCUCGCGUCGCGGGCGCGCUCCGCCUGCGGGGACGUGCUCACCUACGGCCCGUCGGACGUCGUGUUCGCGCCCUACGGCGAGGGGUGGCGCCGGUCGAAGCGGCUGGUCACCACGCACCUGCUCAGCGCCGGGAAGGUCCAGUCCCACCGCGCCGCCCGCGAGGAGGAGGUCGAGCUGGUGAUCAACAAGAUCCGUGACGCGGCGGCGGCCGCGCCGGCGACGGUGGACAUGAGCGAGGUCCUGAGCAAGUUCACCAACGACAUGGUGUGCCGCGCGGUGGCGGGGCGGACGUUCCGGGUGGAGGGCCGGGACAGGGUGUUCCGGGAGCUCAUCGACGAGACUUUCGCCGUCCUGGGUGGGUUCAACCUGGAGAACCUCUACCCUGGCCUCGCCAAGGCGGCCGGCGGCGUGCUCAUGUGGCCGGCGCGUCGCAGGGCCGAGAGGCUAAGGGACCGGUGGGACGAGCUCCUCGACAAGCUGAUCGACCAGCACACGGGCGAGGUUGCCGGCCAUGACGAUGCCGGUGGCGACGGCGAGCCGGAGAGUGACUUCAUUACCGUGCUGCUCUCCGUGCAACAGGAGUAUGGGCUCACCAGAGACAACAUCAAGGGCAUCCUGGGAAACAUGUUUGCAGCAGGCACGGACACGACAUACCUGGUCCUAGAGUUCGCCAUGGCCGAGCUCAUGCUGCACCCGGAAGCCAUGGCCAGGCUACAAGCUGAGGUGAGGAGGAGCACACCCAGGGGACAGAAGCUCAUCAGCGAAGACGAUCUCGCCGGAAUGACCUAUCUGAAAGCUGUGAUCAAGGAGACGCUCCGUUUACACCCGCCGGUGCCGCUGCUCCUCCCGCACCUGUCCCUGGAGGACUGCGACGACGUCGACGGCGGCUACACCAUUCCUGCCGGCACGGCCGUGCUCGUCAACGCCUGGGCCAUCGGUCGGGAUCCCGCGGUGUGGGAUGCCGCGGAGGAGUUCAUGCCGGAGAGGUUCAUCCGCAUGGGCGACAUCGGCGGCGUCGACUUCCGAGGGAUGGAUUUCCAGUUCUUGCCGUUUGGAUCGGGGCGCAGGAUUUGCCCGGGGAUAAACUUUGCAUUGGCCUCCAUUGAAAUCAUGUUGGCGAAUCUUGUGUUCCACUUCGACUGGGAGCUGCCUGCUGGCGGUGGAGGUACAGUGGAUAUGAGCGAGGUGUUUGGGCUGACCUUGUGUCGCAAAGAGAAGCUUUUACUCAACCCAAGGCCACUGGAUGGGUGACAUCAUCAAGGAAAGGUAGGUAGGUUGACCGAAAGAAAACCAUUUUCUUUUUGCUUGUGGUUAUGUAGUUGCAGCUGCUUGUAGUUGUGGGCUUUCUACACACAGAUGUUUAAGUUCUUUUUAUAUAUGUUAA